UUUCUAUGUGAUAAAUUAUAAAUAACUCAAUGUUGCCUUCCUUCUAGCCUUUCUCUUUAUCAGUUUCCUCCCCCCCUCUGUCUCUCUAAUGCAAUGAUUCCGAGAUUGCCCACUACCUUUUGAUGAUCAUCGCUGUUGUUCUUAUGGAUCAAGCUUCAGCUCACAGACCCACGACCCAACCUUUGUUUUAAUUCUAUUCCCUCAAGCUCCGGUUGGCAACAAUUUGAGCUCCGGCAGUUUAAUGUUUCGUGGCACCAAAUCAUGUCAAUGACAAGGGGCUUUUCUUGAAGCUAAGAAUAAAGAUAUUUUUGCAACUUUUUUAAUUUGUAGUUGGCAAUGGCAGGAGUGAUUAAGAAGUUCUUCAUUGCUUCCAUGUUUAUGUGGAUGGCUCCUAUUAUCAUCCUUUGUGGUUUUAACCAUGACUUGAUCCCUGGGGUAAGCCAUUUAUCUCCCUAUUCCUUGACACUACUGAGCGGAUUUGUUGCCGUCAUAUCAGUCAAUAUAGUUAUCGCAUUCUACAUUUAUAUGGCCAUGAAGGAACCUGCAGAUGAGCAUGAACCAGAUCCAACAUUUGUGUCCGAGGCUAAAGCUAGUGUUAGUCAUCUUAUAGGUAAAACAGAGGAUUCUUCACAAUCUAUGAAGAAAGAAGAAUAGGGUAGCCAGAAUUUUUCAGCACAUGGGAUGAACAGAAGAAUUGAAGUUGGGGCUGGGCAUUGAUAACAGUGUCAUGGAGUGAUAGCCAUGUGGAUAGCAUUCUGUAUAAGUAAGAAGGAAUUACUAAGAAGUGUCAAUGUUAUGAGCUUUAAUCAGGAGCAUCAAUGGAGUUAGAAUCAAGAAGUCAUAGGGAGAGGUGUAGCAUCACUUUUACUGAAUAAAGAUGGCAGCCCACACAGAGCCAGUGAUAAAUGAAGCACAAGAGAAUCCAAGGCUGUUUUCAGCAGCUCAUCAAUUGUCAUUUAAUUCACUACCUUCCAAAUACCAUUGCUCCCCUCCCUUACUGCACAAUACAAUAAAAAAUUUGUCAAAAAAAAUAUGCAUAUGAUACAAAACAAAACAGAAUAAUAUAUACUAUAUUAUGUUUUAAAAACUCUUGACUGGUCUACCAAAUGGGACAAUCAGUAAUUUUCAACAGUAAAUAAGAGAUGUGGACACUUGCAAACUUGACCUGGUAACAAAUGUAUUGGAGUGAAUUUGAGAAACCUCAAAUUUAAUUUGUA